UGUGAAGAAGGUCUUAUGUGUAUACGAGACUCACGUCGCACACUCACGCACGUUGGACAGGCAGCGGCGCGCCACCAACAUCCGCGCCGAGGCGAGAGAGCAGCCACAGUCAGUUCGGCGCCGUCAACCGCCACGCGCACACGUAUUCUCCUCAGAAUGGCCGCCGCCCACACGCACCCGGCCCCCGCGCCCUCAGACCGUCGCUCAGAGGGCCGUGCCGGUUCCCGCCGUAUCUUCCCACCACAAUUUAAGCUGCAAGUUCUCGAAGCGUACAGACGAGACGCUCAAUGUCGCGGAAAUCAACGCGCUACAGCCAGAAAAUUUGGAAUACAUCGUCGUCAGAUCCAAAAGUGGCUCCAAGCGGAACCUGCACUCCGAGCCGCUCUCCUGAGGCGAGCACCACAGCCAGCGCCGUCACCCCCGCCUUAUGCAGUUGGAUCUCCUGAGAGUGCACGGCUGCCGACACCUCCACCAGUGACAGUACCCACACCGGUACAAGUACCCACGCCGCUACCAGCACCAGUGCCCGUCCCUACGCCUAUGCAAGUUGCCGAGCCAAUAGAUCUAUCAGUACGUCGACCCACACCACCACCUGCGCCUCAACCAGCUUAUGUGCCACCUACAGCACCGAGUCCACCACGCAAGCCUUUUAAAUUAUUCCGGCCGUAUCUCCUCGAAGACGAAGAAGAAAAACGGCCAUCACUGGCGUCGCUACCUGUAUCUAACGGCAUACAUGUGUCAGCGUUCGUGCCGGUGCAGAGUGCGGCAGGCUGCGCGCUUGCUGCGUGCUCUGCCCCGCGUUGGUGCUCGCCAGUUCCCUCCUUCCCGGCUCCGCUCAGAUGAGAGUAUGCCGUCGGAGCCCUGCUCCGCAACUCCUGUGAUCUAGUCGCCGACGCCCGCCUGGCGCCGCCUGGGGCGUAGCCCUCUAUCAUCGUGCCUUAAUGUUCACGCCGCCAUAGUGCAUUAUGCCGUCAUCACCCGAUGACAGAUAUUUUGUGUAUAAAGUUUAAGAUUGUAUUUUUAUAUGUGGGGUUUAUGAAGCUUACCUACAUUUAUAAAGAAUAAAUAUAUAACUUCUAUUAUUAUUAUUAAAUAAAUAAAGAGGAUUGUUUAUUAA